ACGAGCUCAUUGACGCGCCAAGAAUGCCGGAGACAAAGUCACAAUUAAAUAAGAAUCCGCAUCCAAAUCCAAGUGCUAGUUAUGGAUUGGCGGCAACAGUGCAGGCACAGUCCAAACAUACAAUGACAGAUCCAAGAUUUCGUAUACGACCCAUGCAACAAGUUGUGUCCGCAUGCACUGGAGCUAUGAUAACCGCCUGCUUUAUGACGCCCUUGGACGUGAUCAAGACUCGCUUGCAGGCACAACAAUCGGCAUUGUUAUCCAACAAAUGUUUCCUCUACUGCAAUGGCCUUAUGGAUCACAUUUGUCCCUGCGGUCCGAAUACUCCAACGCCGACGGCCUCAUCCCACCAUGCAUUUAACAAGCUCGCUUCAGCAUCGUCCUCCCACUUUACGGGUACAAUUGAUGCAUUCAUCAAAAUCAGCCGAUCCGAGGGCAUUGGUUCACUCUGGUCUGGUCUAAGUCCGACGCUGAUUUCGGCGCUGCCCUCGACGAUCAUAUACUUUGUGGCGUACGAGCAGUUGAAGGCACGUUUCAUAGACAUGCACUACAAGUACCUGUCGCCAGUUCCAAGAGCACCGUAUAGUCGGGACAUUCCAAUGCUGGUGCCGAUGUUGGCGGGCGUGACAGCUCGCAUUAUGGCCGUCACAUUUGUCAGUCCCAUUGAGCUGAUACGCACCAAGAUGCAAUCACAGAAGAUGACAAAUGCCGAGAUGUUCAGCUCGGUGCGUCAAGUGGUGCAAUCACAGGGUAUAUUGGGCUUAUGGCGUGGCCUGCCACCGACAAUAUUGCGGGAUGUGCCAUUUUCUGGGAUUUACUGGACCUGUUACGAGUACCUUAAAACCAGUUUUAAUGUCGUGGAACCAACGUUCGGCUUUAGUUUCGUGGCGGGUGCAAUUUCGGGCUCUGUUGCUGCAACGAUAACAACACCAUUUGAUGUCAUCAAAACUCAUGAGCAAAUCGAGUUUGGUGAGAAAUUCAUAUUUGCAGAUAAUCCGCCAAAGAAUGUGCCCGCCAACAAAUCAAUGGCCGAUCGUUUGUCCAGCAUUUAUCGCUUGAAUGGAAUCCGUGGCAUAUUCUCGGGACUUGGACCGCGCCUAUUUAAGGUGGCACCGGCCUGUGCAAUCAUGAUUUCAACCUUCGAAUACAGCAAGGCGUUCUUCUAUCAUUACAAUGUGGACCAGCAUAAUCAAUUGAUGAAUAAUUUGGCAAACGACACAACAAAUGCGAUGCAAACAUAUAACACAAGUGCAAAGACAAACUGAAUGUAGUACGAGUUAACGAGUAUAUAGAUGCAGCUUUUUCAAACCACAGCCAACAGCCUGUACAUAUGUAAAUUAAUACCAAAGUUAAGACAAAAUUACUGGGUUACAAUCAUUUGCGUAGUUUUCAUUUGAGCUUCAAAGCAUUUGUAAAAUUCAUUGAGUGAAAUAAAAUUACUGUUUUUUUUUAA